GAGUCAAUAAAUAUGUGUUUAUUAACUUAGUGACUUUUACAUUUUAGGGAACCAAGAGUUGAACCCUUUAACAUGAAUUGGGUAAAUGAGAGUAUACCACAGGAGUUCAUUCUGUUAGGUUUCUCAGAUCGACCAUGGCUAGAGCUUCCACUCUUUGUGAUGUUCCUGUUUUCCUAUAUCUUAACCAUCUUUGGCAAUCUGGCAAUAAUUCUUGUGUCACAUCUGGAUUCUAAACUCCAUACCCCCAUGUACUUUUUUCUUACCAAUCUCUCACUCUUGGACCUUUGCUACACUACAAGUACAGUUCCACAAAUGCUGGUGAACAUAUGCAGCAUCAGAAAGGUAAUUAGUUAUGGUGGCUGCGUGGCUCAACUUUUCAUUUUCUUGGCUUUGGGCUCUACUGAAUGUCUUCUCCUGGCCGUCAUGUCCUUUGAUAGGUUUGUAGCUAUUUGUCGGCCUCUCCAUUACUCAGUGAUCAUGCACCAAAAGCUCUGCCUCCAGUUGGCAGCUGCAUCCUGGAUUAGUGGCUUCAGCAAUUCAGUAUUGCAGUCCACAUGGACCCUUCAGAUGCCGCUUUGUGGUCACAAAGAAGUGGAUCACUUCUUCUGUGAAGUCCCUGCACUGCUUAAGUUGUCCUGUGCUGACACAACAGCAAAUGAGGCUGAACUAUUUUUCAUCAGUGUGCUAUUCCUUCUGAUACCUGUGACACUCAUCCUUAUAUCCUAUGCUUUUAUUGUCCAUGCAGUGUUGAAAAUACAGUCUGCUGAAGGUCGGCGAAAGGCAUUUGGGACAUGUGGCUCCCAUCUAAUUGUGGUGUCGCUUUUUUAUGGCACUGCUAUCUACAUGUAUCUGCAACCACCAUCCCCUGCCUCCAAAGACCGGGGAAAGAUGGUAUCUCUUUUCUAUGGAAUUAUCACACCCAUGUUGAACCCUCUUAUUUACACACUUAGAAACAAAGAUGUAAAGGGAGCUUUUAAGAGGUUGAUUCCAAGGGUCUUAAUCAAAAAAUAAGGAAUUUUCAAAUGACAGGCCUUGUUAAAGACUUGAAUUUUAUACAAUUAAUAAUUUAAUUCUCUCCAAGUUGUUUUAUUUUCACUACUCUUAGAAAGAACUAUUAUGGUGAUCUUCUUCAAAUAAAAUAUCAUUGACAGAGAACUACAUCUUCUUUGUACUGCCUUAAUAUAUUUAUUGCACAAAUCC